UUGGCGUACAGGACGAAUCCCAAGCUUUUAUUGGCUUCUGUACUACGUCCACACUCUGACCAAAGGAAUCCCCCUUUAGAGUAGAAUUUUGAAGAUGAACUUGUCGUACUUGAUAGCAUGUGGACUUGUGGUCACGCUGCUUUCGGGGAGGAUGCGCGCAAAACCUUUAUCUGAGGCGCAGCAGAAGUCCCUCCGAAGUUUGCUGGGGGACGAGCUGACGGACCUUCUGGAGUCAGAGGAGCGGGACAGACGCGUAGAUGCCGUGCGCGCUCGGAUGCGCUUAUUGCGAGAUUUACGCAUGGACACCCGGAGGGGGAUGUGGGCUCGGUUGCUCAACGACCAGCCCGCACCGAGGAAGCACAAACCUGGAAACAAGAAAGGGGCUUCUGCGGCGCGGAGUGGCUGUUUCGGACAUAAGAUGGAUAGGAUAGGAACCGUCAGUGGUAUGGGCUGCUAGUAUUGGAUCACAUCUUUUUGACGAUCUCUGUAGGAUGGGUUUGGAAAUAUUAAUUUUGUUUCCAUCCUAAGGGGGGAAAAAAACAACAAGUGUCAGAUUUUUGGUACGAAAGUCAUCAUGACCAGCAUUAAACGAGACUGAGAUGACAACGCUACAAAAGCCUCAAAUAAAUAUGUCUAAAAAUAUGCAGGUAUAACUGUAUAUGGAGAUAUAUACAAUGCAAAACUUUAAGACAAAGGUAUAAAAACUACAAGCCGCAAAGCUGUAUAUUGUUGCUGCUGUACAUUCAUGUACUUCAUCUUCCUCUUGCAAAAAUGUAUUUAUGUUAAAGACUAUUUAUAUGUUUAUAAAAAAAGAGAUAUUUAUAAAUCACUUUUAUUUAUGUAACAUUUUGAAAAAGAAUUGCAAACUGCAGGUCAAUUCUGUUUGUAACUUUUUCUUGUGUCUCAAAAUAGUUGUAAAUGUUUUCAAAAAUGAUAAAAAGAAUAUUCCAUGUGCACUUACAUGAGUCUUCUCAAGCUUUUAUGUUUUCAUGAAUGGGGAUAACGUCCAGUAGUUGAGAUAGCAUUUGGGUUUUCCAUGUAAGGAAAAAAUGUCCUGAGGUGAAAGAAUAUACACAAAGUAUACUAUUGAAUGAAACAAAAAUAAAUUUCAGCAUUUUGUAAUUCAGCUACGUGUGAUCACGCAAAACACUUGCAACAGUGAUUCUCAACUGGAAUGUACUGGCGUUUCAUGAGAGAUCAUCAGAGGUGCCAUUGGAUAUUAAGUCAAUAUUUUUUUGUAUUCAUUACAAACGUAUCUUUGUUCAUCUUUGUAUGUCUGUGACAUAUAGUGACAGUCAAGGCAAGUAAAUACUCUUCCACUAAAUGGUACAAUAACAUUGUAAACACCUGUUGGCAUCCAUGAAAAGUUAUCUGCGAUCAUAUUCGCUUUGUGUUAGAACAGGCCCAGAUUCCACACUGAGGAAGUGAAUUUGUGAAUAAAUUUUUAGCAUUA